GCGCUCGUAGCGGCUCCCCUCCUUCCCAGCCGAAGAACGCAGAGGGGGGCGGCCCGAGUGAAGUCUGUGUUCGAGCUGUGAUUGGUCCACGCCCCGCUUCACGUUGGCGUUGUGACGUAAGCUGCCGGGAGGGAAGUUUUGGAGGGAAAGGCGGGAAACGGAGUUGUCGGGAGAAGAGCCGGUAAUGUGUUCCCCCGCCGGGCCCCUCACGGGAAAAUAAGAGCAGCUGACGCUUCCUUAGCGCCUCCAAACUUUGCAAAGCGCUUUCGCCGUGGGAUCUCCCUGGAGCUUCGCCGAGACCCCGAGAGAUUUCAGAGAAUGACGGAAGAGACAGAUUUCACUGAGCAAGACUCUGAUGGGGGUAGUGAGGAGGUGGUAUUAACUCCUGCACAGCUUAUUGGAAAACUGGAGCAGGCCUGGCUAAACGAAAAAUUUUCCCCUGAGCUACUGGAGAACAAGUGUGAAAUUGUAGAAUGUGUCAUAGAGCAGCUGGAUCAUAUGGAAAAGAAUCUCAGACGAGCGAAGAAGGGUGAUUUGAAGGUUAGCAUCCACCAUAUGGAGGUAGAAAGAAUCCGCUACGUCCUCAGCAGUUACUUGAGGUGUCGACUGAUGAAGAUAGAGAAGUUUUUCCCUCAUGUCCUUGAAAAGGAAAAGACACGUUCUAAAGGAGAACCUUCCAUUCUCUCCCCAGAAGAGUUUGCCUUUGCCAAAGAGUACAUGGCCAACAUGGAAACCUUUCUAAAAAAUGUGGCCUUAAGGCACAUGCCUCCUAACCUGCAGAAGGUGGAUCUCCUAAGGUCAGUUCCCAAACCUGAUUUAGAUUCAUAUGUGUUUCUGAGAGUGAAGGAAAGGCAAGAAAACAUUUUGGUAGAGCCAGAGACAGAUGAACAAAGUGAAUAUGUGAUUGACUUGGAGGAAGGCUCUCAACACUUGAUCAGAUACAAAACCAUUGCACCUUUAGUAGCUUCUGGAGCUGUACAACUGAUUUAAAACUAAAAAGAACUGGUAACAAAGCUAUGUGGUCAAUGAAGAGAUCACUGGCAUAUGUUAGAGAAUCCUGAUCUGUUUUUGCUAAUGAUAAUUGUGACAUUUAUGCAGAUAUCUCAAACUUUUUUCAAUAGGGCUAAUGGACUCUAUGGGACUGAAAAAAGGAAGGUAGAAAUUCUAAUAUUAUAAAUCUCCUCCUGCUGUUUUAUCCCUUUGUCAGCAGAUGGGGCCAUUGCUCUCUUGUGGACCAUCAGGGACUGUUUACCAAAUGUGUGUCAGGUGAUAGUGUUUACACCUGUACAAAGGAACCGUUACUAGUAGGUAGGAAGAAUAAGUGUAUUAUGAGGCUAGUAGGAUUGUUUUGUUUUGUAUUACUUACUGGACCAGCACAAUAUAACUAGAUGUAUGUAGGCAUUGUGGCACUUAUUUUAGAAUAUAAGACCCUUUUGGGAACAAGCCCAUUCUUUUGCGAAGCUCUCUUUUGUAAACUACAAUAAUGCAUCCACAUUCAAAAAUAUUUCUAACAUGCUCAACUAAGAACCUUAGCAAAACAAAAAAUAUUAGCAAAAAAAAAGAGUAUUGUAUGUUUCAUUUUUGUAAAAAAAAAAAAAGUCCCUUGAGUCUUAAAAGGCAUAAUUAUUUUGUUGCAAGACUAAAGCCCUCAGUCUUGAGCUACUUUGGCUGUGCUCUAAUUUAGAGAGUCAUGGGAAUAUCAAUUCACUGACAUCACAUAGCCACUUUCCAAGCCGGUUCUGCUCUUGCCUUUAUUCCCAUGGGAAAUAGCUCAAGAUGAACCUAAUGUUGGUCGGGAAGGAAUAGAGAGUGCCGCAUCACCAGCUUCACAUAAAUAUAUAUGUCUGACAGUUUUAAAAGUAUAUUUAUUAGCUAACCCUUGAAGUUUUUAUAGAAGUGUAUAUUUUCCAAAGUGCUAUGACACUUAAUUUGGCCUUCACAGCCACCUUCUGAGGUAGCUAGGGUCGGCACCCCCAUAUUAGAGAUGAGUUAACCAGAGAGGUUGACAUGCCUAUUACAGCUAGUCAGUAAUAGACUUGUGUCUACAGUCCGUGUCUCUUGACUCUUAACUAGCCAAGUCAGGACUUUCAGAUCUAAAUGUCGUCAAUUUCUAUCAUGCUCCUGACAGACUGCACGUAGCUAUGGUUUCCCCUAAAGCGGAUUGCCUCAUUCCCUGGGGUAGUUCUGAAGAUGAUGAUUUAGAAGCACAAAUUAAAAGUAAAAAGGAAGUUGCAUUUCAAAAUGAAGUUGGAUAGGAAAUGAUGUGGCAUAGCUGAGUUGGUGCUUUGAUGUGCAAUGGAAGGGAGGAAGAGUUGGUGGAUUUUUCAAUCACUCUGUUAUAACCAGUGGGGGUACGAUAAAGUUCACUGCAUCAUUUUCUCAACAGUUGUUGAGCACAAAUUUCUUCCUGGAAAGAGUGCAUUUGAUAUGAUUGAGAACCAGAAGCUUUGGCAACCUCAUAUACACAUAGUCCCUCAUAAGGGAAGGAGGGGUUUUCUUUUCUGCCCUUCUGACAGGGGUUUUCAGGGAAGGCAUUUUAGUCAUUUCCUAAGUGCUGGGUAACUUGUAAUGAAACUCAGACUGCUUUUUACCUGCCAUUUUCUUGGCUGCCAGCCAUGACUUACUGUUGAACCUUUGUAAAGUACUGUGAUAUAUGAAAAUGUGUUGAUGAAGUAAUGAGUGAUUUUUUAAAAAAGAAAUAUACCAAGGCUCACACAUGCA